AUGGAUAUCAACGGAGCAUCUACCAAAACGACUGCAGUCACAAUGUCACAAGAAAUAUCAUUAUCAAUAGAGGAGACUAAUAUUCUACGUGUUAAAGCAGGUUUAAAACCAAUACCCGUACCAGUGAAUGAUCAACAGGAGAAGAAGAAAGAUGAGGACGGAGUCAUUUCCUUGUCAAUUGAAGAAACCAACAAACUUCGAGCUAGGAUUGGAUUGCCACUAAUACCUACAGAAAGUACCAUUCUUGAUUCAGAUGUAAAGAACUUUGAGAAACAUCAACAAGAGAUAUCAAACAAACAAAAGAACGAUGAACUUCAACAACGAAUCAAUGACGCCAAGUUUAAGGCAAAUAAACGGAAAUUAGUUAGUAAUGAAACAUUAAUAGACCGUUCAAAGGAAUUGGACACUGAUGACUGGCUACUGAAACUUACCAACAAUGAAGAUGACGAAUCAAAGGCAAAAAAGAAACAGAAAACCAACAAGAAGAGGAAGGAUGACGAAGUACUGGCAGUUAUUGGUCAUUCGGCAAAAGAAUUGAGGUCUAUUGGAGAUAAUGAAAUUUUGACAUUAAAAGAUACUGGUUUAUUUGACGAAGAUAGCGAAGAUAUUUUAACUAGUGAAACACUAUCAAGACAAGCCAAGUUGAAGAGAGACUUGGCAGAAAGAAAAGAGGCAGAAAGUAUAAAAUUUAAUGGGAGACAUUAUAGAAAUAAUGAUGACGAAGGUGAUGGGGAAGAUAAUGAUCUAGAUAACAGUGCCCUAAUUGGUAAUGAUAGAGUUAUUAUAAAUAAAAACACCGUUAAUUUACCGCAGGUUCAGCCGUCUAAAGCUGAAAGUGAUAAAAGCAAUAUAGCAAAAUUCAACAAUUUGUUUGAUGAAAUUGAUGAUAUCGAGGAUAAAGAACCCAAACCGGUUAUUAAAAUGAAGAAAAUAAAGAAAAGGAAACCAGCCAAAGUUUCAAAACAAAGAAAACUAGACGAUGAAGUAUCCGUGCAAUUGAUCUCAAUGGAAGAUGAAUCUGGUGAUGAGGACAGUGAUAUAUCUCAAAGUCUUGCGAAUUUCAGAACAAAGAAACUUAAUUUACAGGCAAAUUUCACCCCAGAGAAACUAGCAGAAGAGAUUGCAGCUAAUAGAAGAUGGGAGUUUGAAAGAAAACUCGAGAAGGAAUCAUUGACUAAGAAUAUAUAUGACGAUACUGUUGGAUUCUUGAAUAAUCUAGAGAAUAACAUUCUUAGUGAUGACGAAAAACCAAGAGAAGAUAUACAAGACGACCCACAUUCUAACGGAGUUUCAAAAUCUGGCGACACAGACACUUUUGUUGAAAAAAGUACAACUCCGAAGUUCAGUGGUGGUCUUGCUGAUACAUUGAAGUUUUUGAAAUCAAAGAAUAUUAUCGAAUCUCCAUCAAACAAUUCGCAAGUCAAAUCACAGGAAUUAGAGAGACAAGAGGUAGCCAAGAAAUCAGAAUUACUCAAAAUGAAAAUCUCCAUUGAAGAACGUAUACUUCGAGAAGAGUUGACCAAAAAUAAAGAGUAUAUUCUUAUGCCAAAAUCUGAAAAGGCUUCUUAUUUUGAAAAGUUAUUGGAUUCAAGAUUGAAAGAGAAAGGCAUAGUAAUAAAAGAUGAUGACUUGAAAGUUUACAAUCCUAAGGUUCAAAUAACUUACAAAGAUAGGAUGGGUAAUGUUUUAGAUAGAAAGAAGGCAUGGAAAGAGUUUUCUCAUCAAUAUCAUGGAACUGGAUUAGAUAAGAAUAAAAAGAAGUAA